AUGACUUCGCUGCUCUCAUCUGUGAAAGCUGCUGUUACUUCUGCUCUACGAUUGCCUCUCAGAACCCCGCCAACACCAAUUACAACGCUUGUUCGUACCAUGGCUUCCGCUACGUCUAUCACGAUGCCUCGUGACCCUACAACGGUCUCGAAUUAUAAUAAUUGGAAAACAAAACACACCAUUGCCGAUUUCGCCAUUGACUUCAAGAAGCAACGGUUGACUGGAACAGUUACUCUCUUCUUGGAAUCUGUGACUGAGAAGGAAUCAGAGGAGAUCAUUCUCGAUACUUCCUACUUGGAUAUUAGCGAAGUCACCGUCAAUGGCAGCAAGACGAAAGACUGGAAGCUCGCCGACCGAUCCGAACCAUAUGGCAGCCCACUCUCGAUCAAAACCCCAGGAGGUGCAUCCAAAGGAUCUACAGUCGAAGUUAGCAUUUCCCUUGCUACCACCGGGAAAUGUACAGCUCUUCAAUGGCUCCCGCCAUCUCAGACAGGCAACAAGAAGUACCCGUACAUGUUCUCCCAAUGCGAGGCUAUCCACAACAGAUCCAUCUUCCCAUGUCAAGACACCCCUGACGUGAAGAGCACGUAUGAUUUCCGCAUUCGUUCUCCUCUCCCGGUCGUUGCGAGUGGUCUCUCGACUGGUGCUUCGGCUUUCAAGCACGGAGCGGAUGGAGAGGCCGGUACACUUCUGUAUACUUUCCACCAGGAGAUACCUAUCCCUUCAUAUCUCUUCGCUAUCGCUUCAGGAGAUAUCGCUACAGCUGCCAUUGGUCCCCGCUCGCUUGUUUCAACUGGACCCGAGGAACUCUCGGAUGCCAAGUGGGAACUUGAGAACGACAUUGAGAAGUACAUUGACGUUGCAGAGAAACUCAUCUUCCCUUACAAAUGGACACAGUAUAACGUUCUUGUCCUGCCCCCGAGUUUCCCGUAUGGUGGCAUGGAAAAUCCGAUAUUCACCUUUGCAACGCCAACCAUUAUCAGUGGGGAUCGAGAAAACAUCGAUGUUAUUGCCCAUGAACUUGCUCACAGCUGGAGUGGGAACUUGGUUUCGAAUGCCAGUUGGGAACACAUGUGGUUGAAUGAAGGUUGGACUGUUUACCUUGAACGUCGAAUUCAAGCUGCUGUUCAUGGUGAACCUCAUCGUGAUUUCUCAGCCAUCAUUGGAUGGAAAGCUCUAGAGGAUUCUGUAAACAACUUUGGUGCCGACCAUGAGUUCACCAAGCUUGUCAUUGAUCUCAAGGGCAAAGACCCUGAUGAUUCUUUCAGCAGCAUUCCCUACGAAAAGGGUUUCCACUUCCUCUACUACCUCGAGAAGCUCGUCGGCAAACCUGCAUUCGACAAAUUUAUCCCCCACUACUUCACAACCUGGUCUCAAAAGUCCCUCGACUCCUACGACUUCAAAGCCACCCUCCUCGACUUCUUCGCCUCCGAUGCCGCCUCCGCUACAGCCCUCCAAUCCGUCAACUGGGACGCCUGGUUCUACAAGCCCGGCCUCCCACCCAAGCCCAAAUUUGACACCAGCAUGGUCGACCGCUGCUAUGCCCUCGCCGAGUCCUGGUCCUCGCCCUCAUACAAGCCCUCCCCAUCAGAUAUCGAGGGUCUCACGGCCAACCAAAUUGUCGUCUUCCUCGAGAAAGUUCAACUCUUCGAGACUCCUCUCUCUCCAUCUCAAUCCCAAGCCAUGGGUAAGGCCUAUAAUCUCGCUACAUCACGCAACGUCGAACUCAGCUUCCGCUAUUUCGGCGUUGGAUUGGCCGCUAAGGAUGAGACCGUGUAUCGACCUACUGCUGAAUUGUUGGGCACGGUUGGACGAAUGAAGUUCGUGCGGCCAUUGUAUAAAAAGUUAAAUAACGUGGAUAGAAAGUUGGCGCUGGAGACUUUUGAGAAGAACAGGGAUUUCUAUCAUCCUAUUUGUAGGGAUAUGGUGGAGAAGGAUUUGAAGGUUGGGCAGUAG